AAUAGGAAAAUGCAAGAUAUUCGCUGGUAGUGUUAUCUAAAGCAAGCUAUUGUGUGGGAAUAAAAUGUCAUUGGAUGGGCUAUCAUUCAGAAAUCUUAACCCAUUUAAAUGCAUCGAAAUAUUUUACCGCGAAUUAUAUCUUUCAAGUUAAAUAUAUGUUCGCUUUGCCAUCACGAAAUCGGAUAGUAGUGAAUAAUAAUAAGUAAAAAUAUUUGUUAGAAGUUAUAUCUGCUUUUCUAAUAAAUGCAGUUUCUUAUCAAAUUCAAAUGAUCUUUGAUGUGAUUUAUUCCGAAAGAGAUAACGCUUAGGAUCCGAGAAUUGAAUUUUCAUAAUCAAAUUUAUAUAUGAAACUGGUUUUUACUGAAUUUUCUAUACAACAGCAUUGAAAAGCAAUAGGAAAUGAUCUCUGGACGUAAUAUAUGAAAAUACAACAAAAGCAUGGAGGCCUUGGGUAUUUGCUAGACUACUGUGAAAGAGUUGCCGUACUUGAUUAUUACUUAUUAUCCUUAUUCAUUGAUUGCAAGCUUCAUCGCUUUCGCCCUUCUUUUGCGACUUUAUUGCCGACUAACUCUGGGUAUUUGCGACUGCAAGGAAAGUAUGGAAGGCAAAACUGUUGUUAUAACUGGAGCAUCUGCUGGUAUAGGAAAGGCUACUGCAUUAGAUAUGGCUAAACGAGGGGCGCGUGUCCUGCUGGCGUGCCGAAAUUUAGAUAAAGCUGGAAAAGUGGCCGAAGAAAUAAGAUCUCAGACGAAGUAUCCUAAUGUGAUUGUGAAGCAUUUAAACCUGUGUUCCUUCAAAUCUGUCAGAAAAUGUGCUGAAGAUAUUCUGAAGACUGAAGACAGAUUAGAUGUCCUUAUAACAACGCAGGCAUAUAAAAGCAGUGGGAAAUGGAGAGAAGGAAAAGAAUUAACUGAAGAUGGUUACGACAAAAUCAUGCAAGCCAAUUACUUAGGCCACUUUCUCUUCACUUUGCUUUUAAUAGGUCUGUUAAAGAAAAGUGCCUUAAGUCGUAUUAUAAAUGUAUCAUCUGAUUCAUAUUCAUAUGCCAAGCUUGAUCCAGAUGACUUAAAGAACAGUAAGAAGCAUUCAGAUUUCACCGUCUAUGCAAACUCUAAACUGGCCAAUAUUCUUUUCACUCAAGGACUUGCAAUCAGGUUAUCUGGAAAAGGUGUUACAGCAAACAGUGCACAUCCAGGUGCCGUGAAGACAAGUAUUUUUGAUGCUGCCAGUGGCUAUUUAAGUAUCUUGCCCAGGAUAUUAUUUAUCGUGGUUGGAAAGUCACGCGAGGAAGGAGCCCAGACUUCUAUCCAUUUGGCUGUAGAUCCUUGUUUGGAGAAAGUUUCUGGAAAGUACUUUAGGGACUGUAAAGAUGUUAAACCUGAUGCGAAAGCCAUGAACAAAGAACUAGCAGUGCAUCUUUUUGAAGUUACAGAAAAGAUUGUUGGAACUUCGUUUCCUGAAACAUACAACGAAGUAUCUCUUGAGAUAGAAGAAACUCCAAAGCAAAAUUCUAGCUGUGAAUUCUGGGAAUCUGCUAUUAACAAAUGUUGCCCUUUUCUAAUGUGGAUUGAUAUAGGAUCAAACUCUACACUUUUUAAUUUUUUAUCCCUUUUCUUUUCUGCUGUCUAUCACUUAGAACACAACAGCAUGGAGGCUAUGCACAUUUGCUUGGCUACGGUUAGAGAUUUAUCUUAUCUGAUUAUCACCUACUCCCCAUACUCACUGGUUGCAGGUUUCGCCGCUUUCAUUUUCCUUCUGCGAUUUUAUUGUUGGCUCACGCUAGGCAUUUGUGAUUGUAAAGAGAGUAUGGAAGGAAAAACUGUUGUGAUAACUGGAGCAUCCUCAGGUAUAGGAAGAGCUACUGCAUUCGAUUUAGCUAAACGUGGUGCUCGUGUUCUUUUGGCGUGUCGAGAUUUGGAAAAGACCGAGAAAGUAGCCGAGGAAAUAAGAUCUCAGACAAAGAAUCCCAAUGUAAUUGUGAAGCACUUAGAUCUCUGUUCCUUCAAAUCUAUCAGAAAAUGCGCUGAAGAUAUUCUAAAGACUGAAGAGAGAUUAGAUGUCCUUAUCAAUAACGCAGGCGUUACAGGGAGACCACCAGAAUUAACUGAAGAUGGUUGUGAAAAAGUUAUGCAAUCCAAUUACUUUGGACAUUUUCUUUUUACACUGCUUUUAAUAGAUCUGUUAAAGAAAAGUGCUCCAAGUCGCAUUAUAAAUGUGUCAUCUCUUGCACAUGCAUUCGCAAAACUUAAUCUAGAAGACUUAAAGAAUGAAAAGCGUCUUUUAGACAUGAACGUUUAUGCCAACUCAAAGCUAGCCAAUAUUCUCUUCUCUCAAGAACUCGCAUCCAAAUUACAUGGAACAGGUGUUACUGUAAACAGCUUGCAUCCAGGUGCAGUAAAGACAAAUAUUUUGUCAGGUCCCACCACCUUCUUAAUUUUGCUCUCUAAGAUUUUAUUCAUCGUUGUUGGAAAGUCAUGCGAGGAAGGAGCUCAAACUACCAUACACUUGGCUGUAGAUCCUCGUUUGGAAAAAGUUACUGGAAAAUAUUUUUCGGACUGCAAAGAAGUUAAACCAAGUGCAAAAGCCUUAGACAAAGAAUUGGCAAAACAUUUGUUUGAAAUUACAGAAAAGAUUGUUGGAGUUUCAUUUCCUAAAACAAAAUUUUAAAAUGCUAUUUUAUAUUUUGCUGCAAGAUUCUUUUGUUUUUGAGAUCUUUAUGUUCAAGAUACAAUUAAAUUUUGUUAAACGUAAUGUUUUAGUUAAUAAUUAAUAGUUAAAUAUACGAUGUCAUUACAGAAUGCAAAAGAUAACUCUAUCUAUGCAAAUUUCAUAUUUUACUGUAUUUUAUGUUUUAAAAUUUAUAGAUAAUUAAAAUGAGUUAAUGGAGCUAAACACCUUCAUGGAUCUUGUAAUCUCAACUAGAAAAUAUACUUUAUUACACAAUAUUUAAAAAUACGAACUCUAAACCUAAACCCUAUUUAUUACCUAACCUAUUUAUCUCCCCUAAUUUCCACUGAAUAUUUCAUAAAAGGCAUAACAGUCUUUCAAAAAAAAAAAAAGAUUUAAAAAAAUAUGUUCUGUUUGCCAGACGAGGAUCAAGCCCAGUUUGUUUUAUCUCUGUUGCUAUCAAGAGAUUUUUAUAAUAUACAUUUGUUUAAGAUAAAUUCUGCAGAAAUUCAGUAUCUUUCAUGAUUUUUCAAAUGAUCCAUAUGUGAGUACGUUGUGAAUUUUAACUGAAAAUCCAACUUAAAAGCAGAUAAAUUAGUAAUACGAGUAUUUCACUGAUUACCAGAAAACAAAAACUCCCUAUGACUGUAAUUUGAUGGGCAUUUUUCUAAAACAAUCCUCAAUAAUUCUAGGAAUGUAUAUGGCUCCUUCCUUAAAAAAAAAAAAAAAAAAAAAAAGUAAUAGCACAAAGCAAAUCUUGAAUCUUUUAGUCACAAAUAUAUUGAUGGAUAUGUGAAUGUUGAUGUGGUUUAUUUAAUAAAUCAUGAAAUUAAAUUGUGA